UUAUCAUACUCUGCUUUUGUGGCUCAAUUGUUUAAUGGUUCCAACUAUUAUAUAAAGCAAAACAAAAAGUAUACAAAAUUAAUUGAAGCAAAAAAGCUUGAUUGAAGACAUUGUGAUAGUCAAGUCCAAAUAAAGAGAAUGUGACUAGUAAUGAAUAAAUUAAAGUUGCAUGAUAUUUCGUUAAAUGUUAAAACAUUUUUUAAAUAUAUAUAAGGUAAUUUUGAACUAUAUAGUUUGCACAUUUGUUUGAACUUCUGCAGCAAAGCAUUGUCGUAUGGAGUUACUCAUGCAGCAAAGUGUAAGUACCGCUGGAUCAGCUUUAGAGCAUAUGAAGAGGACUCAUGAGGCUGUAAAUGAGAAAGAGUCCAAGCAUAUUUCUGCAGCAGUGUUACUAAUCAGCUCUACAAAAUUGAAGCUAGGAAGCUCAGCAAGAAAGGCCGGUGGCCAGAGAUGAGUGUAACAGAAGGUAAAUUAUAAUAUAGACAUCUUCAGAGAGAACAUGGUAAGUGUUAUUAUAGGCAUGAACAUUGAGUUUUGAGGUAGAGAGGAGAAUGAAUAUGCCAUGCGGCAAUACUCUGUAAGUUUUGUUUUGAUAUAUUUUUUUAAAUUUUAUUUUUAGAUAAAAGGAUAUUCGUUUUCCAUAGAUGGCAUAAUAAGGUGCAUACAGGAUUCUAAAGUUAUGAGGACAGUGAGAGACGUUUCCAUAAUAGCUGCCAGUGUUAAGAGUUUCAAGUAAAGCUUGAAGACUGUUCUUGUUGAAAUUGAAUAAGCUUAAUGAGAGAAUGACUUGGAAAUAGCAAGAAGCUAGUUUCUUAUUCACCUGAAUCACCUCUGAGAUAAUACUUUGAUAAAGACUUCUUUUUAGUUGAAUGCAUAUUGGUCUAGGAUAAUUAUUGGUGAUUAUAUGUCUUUGCAUGUGAUGUUUUACAGCUUGAUUAUUGAUUCACUUUUGUUGGAUUAUCUGGUUUAUGUUGAUGAUGAUAGUAGUUGCAUGUGAUGUUUUACAGCUUGAUUAUUGGUCAAAGUGCCUUUUCAGUUUAUCAACAGCAUUUGGCUAACCGACCUGUGAAUGUGAGUCUUAAAGAUCCUAGUUUCUGCCUUUAUCUUGCAUUUUAUUACCCAAAAUGUUAUUUGAGAUCUCUGUUUUUUAUGCCGGUUCUUCGUGAUCUUCUUGAGUUCAAAAGUGAUCGUGCUCCAAUACAUGUAGGGAAGGUUGAACCUGCUUCAGCUAUUGUGCAUCGGUUCUGCACUGGUGGGAUGUCUCUUGGAGCUAUUUCAAGAGAAACUCAUGAAGCAAUUGCAAUCGCAAUGAACAGAUUAGGUGGAAAAUCAAAUUCAGGGGAAGGUGGUGAGAUGCAAGCGGAGAUUCAAUUGUUUUCGCCACUAGUUCCUGUUCGUCAAUUAAGCUUCCUCAGGUUGCUGGUCCAUCAUGGGCACCCUUUGCUUCUUGGAUCACUGGUUGAAAGGAAGCUUCGUGAUGUUGAAGCACGGGAAGAUAACCUAAGGCGGCAAAUCAUUACUUUCAAGUUAGAUUGUGAUGAAAAGGACAAGGAGAUCAUACUUGAGAGGCAAUCCCUUUCUGAAAGGCAGAAGAUUUUACAGCAAGAACAGGAAAGGCUACUUCAAUCACAAACGUUGCUCAAUAUGAAAUAUAUACUGAUGGAUGCCACUCUAAGACAAAGAGAAGAGGUUCGUCUCUGAAAAUUCUUGGUCUAG